UAAAGAUUUAUUUUUUUAAAGACUUAUUUUUAAUAUAAAGCCUCCUCUGGAUUAGCAGCAAAUAAAAAUUUCAAGAAUGUGGCAUGGUGCAGUAUCAAGACCUUGGUCGUACAGGCAUAGAUAGCCUUGCAAAUCUCAGAAUAAAAUACAAGAACUUACAGAGACUGCCGUCCUGGGUGCAGGUUUCUUCCUACUGGUGGUUAUAUCAUCUGUUAAAAGAAAAGAUUUGAGUGAUUAACAUGAACAGUAUGUUUUUGUACAAUAGUUAAUUGAAUUGAGAAUCGACUAAAGUUAAAGAUCAAAUUAAUACAAUGAAAGUGUGAUGAGGUAGUAAGGAAUUCUUAAUUUUUGAAUAUACUCUACAAAUACCAGCUUACUUUGAAAAUGACAGCUCCUUGAAUUAUGAUUAAUGUCAAACCUCUCCAAUGUCCUCAUAUAAAAAGGGGUCUGUAUGAGACUGAGCAUAAUUGUUGUCCUGUAGAAGUCUUGUAUACUUUUGUGAUGUUAAUACAACAUAACAACGUAAUUUUUUGUUGUGCUUGUUUUGCUCUCUUGAAGCUUAACCUUGGAGACGAUAUCGUGAAAGUUGUAAUCGAUUGGAGCAAGCUUCAAAGCACAUCAGCACUUCAGCCAACAUUGCUCUUUAGUGCACUUCAGCAGCAUAUUUUAUGUUUGCAGCCUCUUUUAGAGAAACUCCAGUCAUUGAUUAAAGAGGAAAAUAUAGGCCAUGUUGAACCUGCAGGUAAAACAGAAGGCCAAGCUUGUGAAAAAAGUGUAGAUGUUUAUGAUGGUAACUGUCAGACAGAAGAAAAGUAUGCAAGUUAUGACUUGGGAGAUCUGAAGGAUGCUCAUAUUAAUUUUGAUCCAGAGGUGGUCCAAAUAAAAGCUGGAAAAGCAGAAAUUGACAGGCGGAUAUCAGCCUUCAUCGAGAGGAAACAAGCUGAGAUCAAUGAAAAUAAUGUCAGGGAAUUUUGCAAUGUUAUUGAUUGUAAUCAAGAAAAUAGCUGUGCCAGAACAGAUGCCAUUUUCACACCCUAUCCUGGAUUUAAAAGCCAUAUAAAGGUUUCCAGGGUAGUAAAUACAUAUGGACCUCAGACUAGAUCUGAAGGAGCACACGGGUCCAGUCACAAAGCCAAUGUACCCAUUCAUGAUUGUGGAAACCAAGCUGUUGAAGAGAGAUUGCAAAACAUUGAAGCACACUUACGGUUACAGACAGGUGGUCCUGUACCAAGAGACAUUUAUCAGAGAAUUAAGAAGCUUGAAGAUAAAAUCCUUGAGCUGGAAGGACUAUCUCCUGAAUAUUUUCAAUCUGUAAGCUGUUCUGGCAAGAGGAGAAAGGUUCAACCUCCCCACCAGAACUAUUCAUUGGCUGAACUUGAUGAAAAGAUCAAUGCUAUAAAACAGGCAUUACUGAGGAAAACAAAAGAAAGCAAGUCCAAGGAGGCUGAGCGGCUUCUUCGAUAAAGUCUUUUCAGAAUCCUCAUCAUGCUUGACACAUACCUAAACCAUAGACCUGAGUAGUGUUCAUUGGGGAUGACUUUAGCAAUGAAAGCAAAGCAUGCAUAUAAGCUCCUUUUGGAUGAUCUUGAAAGCUUUCUUUCAGAAGAACUCAUUGAAAAAUGGUCUUAUUAAUGAAAUAGUUACUUUAAAAUGAAGAAUGUUUUAGAAAUAGCAUUCUAAUAAUCCAUUCCCUUCUGUUAUAAAGGAGGAUUGCAGCAUUGUUUGUAUGUGGAAAGUCUUAACCUGCAUACAAAAGCUACAUUUCACAUGUGAUUCUUGGUGAUUGAGUAUUCAAAAGGGCUAUCUUUUGAAUACUUUUCAUGUAAGUAGUUUGCAUAGACUUGUGAAAUAAAAUUAAAUACUUCCUCGUAAGUAAACUGUCUUAGGAAAAAAAAAAUUACAAAAAACCUUGCAUUAUGCAUGCUUACCUGCAUUUCUUCCAUAUUUGUCGCUGUUUUCACAGCUGUUAUAAAUGCAGCAAAUUGUGUUUCUGUUUGAAAGAUGGUUAUGGAAAUCCUGUAUGUGUAAAUAGACACACCUGUUCUUCACUUCCUCAGUGUCCUGUAGGAAUUCAAACUUCUUACUCUGCUAACAAACUUAAUAUAUCCUAAAGACCACACCAGGGGAGGUUUUGAGGAGCAUGCCAGCAGGCAACAGCUUCCCUUCCUUCCAUAUGCAUGCUUACAUGACUUCUGAAGCAUGGAUGCUGGGUACGUAGUUUAAAUUGAAGUCAGACCUUUGGCCACACACUGAAGUGUGAUUUUGGUUUUUGGUUUUGUUUUUGUUUUUAAAUAAACCAUUUUCUAUUUAUACCA